AGAUUAUUUGAAUUCAAUAUCAAACAAUCCAGCUUAAUUGACCGAAGUUCUUUUGCUUAUAUUACUUUUGUGUUAUCACCUUGGUGGCUUUACCGUGGUACGACGUAUUCGUAUAACGCACACCAAGUACGACUUAACCAAACGGACCAAUACUUGCCUCUUCCGUUUCCGUCUACAAGCAGACAAGUCACGAAUUUUCACUAGACGAAGUGCAAUCUAUAUUAUCGACUACUUCUCCAUCCUUAUUUGCCACCAUCAUGCCACCCGUGCGAACCAGGGUGACAAGACUUUCAGAGGUGGAAAGAAACCGUCAAUUCGUGUCCCCAGCCCGGGGACGUGGGAGAAGACGUAGGCCAAACAGCGUGGCCACCGACUCCUCGAGGCCCAUACCUACGGCAUCCGCUGUUGUAAAUGCAGCGGGGGGAACCACACAAUCAGAGACUGACGACACUCAUGCCAUUCAGGACUUGCAGGCUAAUCCGUCAGGUUCAGCCACAGAUGCAAAGGGUGUGGUGGAGAUCAUCCAGCAUCAAAGUGCCGGGCAACAAAAUAAUUACCAAUCGUUGUAUACACUUGGGAAAACCCCCAUCAAUGUCGACCAACUUGCCCAUUACCUACACAAUUAUCGUGAUCAACCUUUUCUCAUUAGAGGCUUUCAAUCUGGUUUUAGUUUACAUUAUCAAGGGCCAAGGCGCCCAAGGGAUUCCAAUAAUCUAAAAAGCAUAGUACUAAAUCCUCAACUAGCUCAACAAAAAAUUCAGAAAGAAGUACUGCUCCAGCGAGUCGGGGGGCCUUUCGAUUCACCCCCCUUCCACUCGCUACAAGUUUCACCUUUAGGCUUAGUACCCAAAAAGGAUGGGGAUUUUCGGUUAAUACACCACCUAUCCUUCCCUGAGUAUGACUCUAUUAAUGAUUUCAUUGACCCAGCAGUUUGUUCUGUUCAUUACGCAUCCAUUGACGAUGCCGCUGCCAUCAUAUCCUUCUUGGGCCCUGGAACCUACUUAGCCAAAUCAGACAUUAAAUCGGCAUUUCGUCUAAUACCUGUUGCUCCCUCAGAUUUCGAACUGUUAGGUUUCAAGUUUCAGAACAAAUACUAUUACGAUAAAAUGCUACCAUUUGGGGCAUCAGUCAGCUGUGCAACCUGGGAAAGAUUUGCUUCGGCAUUACAUUGGAUAGUCCAAAAUAGGACACGUAAUCCAUCCAUUUUACACUAUCUUGAUGACUUCCUGUUCAUGGGCUCCGCAAAUUCAAACAAGUGUCAGGCUACUCUCUCAGAAUUCAAACACAUUUGCCAAGAUAUAGGUGUACCCAUUGCUCUCGAAAAAACUACAAACCCAACUACAACCCUUAUUUUCUUAGGUAUAGAACUAGACACAGUGAAUAUGAUCAUGCGACUCCCACAGGACAAGCUACUUUUGCUCAAACAGUGCAUUCAUGUCUUCCUUCACAGUAAAAAAGCUACUCUUAAAUCUUUUCAGUCACUCAUUGGGCUGCUAAAUUUUGCAUGUAAAACGGUAGCACCAGGGAGAGCCUUCUGCAGACGUUUAAUUGAUGCUACUAUGGGCACUACCAAAACACACCAUAAGAUCAGAAUCAAUUCUUCCAUCAAGGAAGACCUUAGAGUAUGGGAACAAUUCCUAGCAAACUUCAACGGCAUUUCGGUCAUUUCCUCUCCGACAUUGACAUCGGAUUCGUACUUGCAAUUAUACACAGAUAGCGCUGGGGGAACAAAAGGGGGGUUUGGCAUUUACUUUGCAGGUAGCUGGGCUCAUGCAAGCUGGCCGCACAGCUGGAGUCUUUCGGACAUAGUUAGGGACAUGACAUUCCUUGAGCUUUUCCCGGUAUAUGUAGCAAUCGUGCUAUGGUCGCCACAAUUGGCUAACAAACGUAUUCUUUUCCACAUAGAUAAUUCUGCUGUAGUCCAGGUUAUUAAUUCCGCUACUUCAAAAUCUCACAGGGUCAUGAAAAUUGUUCGAAAAUUGGUUCUCAUCACACUACAACACAACAUUACAAUCCAGGCGCAAUACAUACCCUCCAAACGCAACGUUAUAGCAGAUAGUAUUUCUCGUUCGCAGUGGAGAAGAUUUCGACAUCUCGCCCCCCACGCCGACCAGUGGCCAACCCAGCUACCCAACCAAAUAUGGGAUAUCUAAAGGUAGAAUCACAACGCCUCAUCAACAACGCCCUGUCUGAGAACUCCAACAAAGCUUACAAUUCGGCACUGAAGAAAUUCCAUGCAUUUGCCCAGAUUUUUGGCAUUGCCAUUUCCUGGCCGUUACCUUUAGAUAUAAUUUUAAACUUUAUCGCAUAUUUGUCGUUACAACAUAUGUCCCCAAAUACAGUUCAGUUAUACAUACGCGCAUUGGCAUAUUUUCAUAAAGUAAGGCAGGUAUCAGAUCCAACUGCCUCCUUCUUAGUCGCAAAAGCUCUACAAGGGUUGGCACGUGGCAACACAGCCCCAGAUACUCGGUACCCGAUUACCCUACCCAUUCUAGAAAAAUUGCUAGCGUAUUUACCUUUUGUGUGCACAUCCUCUUUCGAAUCUACACUCUUUGCUAGCGCCUUCUCACUGGCCUAUUUUGGUUUACUCCGAGUAGGCGAAUUCACUCUGGCAAACUCCUGCAAUAGCCGAUAUUCUCAUUGCAUUCAAUUUCAACAUGUUACUCUGGGGGAGGAAAGCAAACAUGUCACAUUCACUAUACCUCAUUCCAAAACCGACCAAACGGGCAAAAAAACCACUAUAUUCAUUCGGAGUCAGCCCCACUCGAUCGCAUGCCCAGUCCACAGUAUGCGCAAUUUCCUAGCAAUAAGGCCACACACCUCAGACACUCACUGUCUGUUCAUCCACAGUAAUGCUAUGCCUUUGACUAGAUUCCAAUUUAAUGCAGUACUGCAGAAAGCAAUUCAGGCUAUCGGUACACCAGGUCAUUUUGGUACCCAUAGUUUUCGAAUCGGUCGGGCCACUGACUUGGCUCUACAGGGUUUUUCCGACCAGCAAAUACAAACAUUUGGGAGAUGGAAGUCUUUAGCCUUUCAGAAAUACAUCCGCAUGUAAUGCCGCUUCGCAGCCCUCGGACCACUACAGGACACACAAUUUAAGUAAUGACACCCUUGCCAUCAAUACAUAACAAAUAAGUAACCAAACCAAAGAUAUUUCAGAUUGUUCAAUAUGGAUCCUCGGGUCUUCAAUCCCAUUUUGGGCAGGUCAGUCGACAUCAAACCGCACAGGCGGAAAAAACCUUGACUUGCCAGCCCACAUUCAUUGGC